ACUUGAAACUUUGACAGACAAGUGACAGAUCACAAAUAAAUUUAUGGCGAAUUAUUUUCGCCGAAUAUUCGUAUCUGUCUCAAUUUACAAGUAAAUAGUAACAAUUUCAGUUUCGUAUCUACAGCGAAUGUCGAACUUCUUUCAUAUAAAAUCAACUCGAUCACUGUUUAGUGGUGUGUAACACGGCUAUUAUGAAACUACUGACAAGAUGCAAUUUCAUAAAACAUGUCUCGCUUUUGUACCGGCCCAAUAUUACUCGAGAAUACUCUGUCUCGCUCCGAGAAUAUGUUACAGUCUUUUCUAAUCCUAGAAGAAGGAUAAGACAUCCUCUACAGGUUUCGUCCGUGUCAUGUUUAUAUUAUUCUGAUGAAAAGAAACAGUUCCUAACCUUAGAGAAGAAAGCGCACGCUCUAAAAGAUGCAUUUGAACACAAAAAAGACCAGUUGAAGGAUACAGAACACCGGAUCAGACAAAAGGGUGAAGAGAUUGUAAGGGACAUAAAGCAUCAAAAGGAAGUAACUGGUCAGAAACUGAGAGUGAAGAAAGAGUAUAUCAUAAAAGAUAUACUUGAAACUAAAGCCAAAGUAAAAGAGAGGAUUGAAGAAGUUGUAGAGAAAGAAAAUGUGUUCACAAUACCAAACAUCUUGUGUUUCACAAGAAUAGCAAUGUCCCCGUAUUUAGGAUACACAAUAUUCCAAGAAGACUAUAAUGUAGCACUGGGUUUAUUGGUGUUUGCUGGUGUAACUGAUCUGCUAGAUGGAUGGAUAGCCAGAAACUGGAAGGGCCAAUCAACAAAAAUGGGGUCUUUCCUUGACCCAAUGGCAGACAAGGUCCUAGUAGGCACUCUCUUCAUAUCACUGACUUAUCAGAACCUGAUACCUCUCUCACUUACUCUUCUGAUUGUUAGCCGAGAUGUGGCAUUGGUUGUUGCCGGCUUUGUCAUCAGAUAUAUGAGCUUACCACCUCCAAGAACAUUGAGCCGAUACUUUGAUGUGACUCAUGCUACUGCCCAAUUGGCCCCCACAUUCAUCAGCAAAGUCAAUACUGCAAUACAGCUUCUACUUGUGGGCACAACACUAGCGUCUCCAGUGUUUGGCUAUGUGGACCACCCAGCUCUUCACGCCCUGUGUGGAGUGACAGCUGCAUCAACAAUAGUCUCAGCACUCAGUUAUUUAGUUAGUAAGGACACAUAUAAAUUUUUGAAGAACAAGUCCUGAAACAUGUAAAUUGAACACCCUUUUUGUUUUGUACAAUCAUUUUUGUAUUUGUAUAGUCUUCCAUGAAAUUUUAGUUUUGUAGCUAAGUGUUAACUAAUGAUAAUAUUUUGAAAACUGUAAAUAAAUUAUUGAUAUACAAAA